AUGAGCGAGACGGUGCUCAGCUUCCUGGACGCCAAGAAUGGAGUGGCCGUGAUCUGCCUCGGCUCGUGCGCGGCCCCGGCGCUCGAGCUGCGGCCCAUCGCAGAGGAGCUGCGGCGGAGGAUCUGGGGGCCCUGGCUGCCGCUCUGCGGGGGCGUGCUGCCCAAGCACAGGCCGCCGCCUGGCGCGCGCACCUGCAAUGCGCCAGUGGCACCAAAGGUGGAUGAGGCUGGCUGGCCCCUGGCGCUUUUAGUGGUGGAAGACAAGGAGCGAGCCGAGCCAGGCGUUGCGAGCCGGGAAGCAGCUCAAGAUGCCAGGCCGGAGCUGUUGGAGCCGGAGCCACCGGAGCCGCAGGAGCCGCAGGAGGAGGAGCCGGAGGAGGAGGGGUGCGACGGGUCCUCGGAGGCCUCGGAGGAGCUGCCGCCCGAGCGGCGCCUCAAAACCCGGCGCCCGCCCUCCCCGGCGUCCUCCAAGCAAAGUGCCCGGGAUUCGGAGGGAGGGAACUGGUCGAAUGACUUCGGAGGCCCUCCACUGCGCCGAGGCCGAGGCGUGACCGGGUCUCCAGCGUAA